AUGAAAGGAUACGUUAAAGUUUUGGCUUUGGCGUGCUUAAUCGCCACGGCCCAGGCAGGAUUCUUGUUUGGUGGAGGCGGAGGAGGUGGAUAUGGUGGAGGAUACGGUGGGGGCUAUGGCGGCGGAGGAUGGGGUGGUGGCGGUGGUGGAUGGGGAGGCGGCUAUGGUGGUGGUGGAGGCGGCUAUGGCGGAGGUUCCCAUGUUACCGUUUACAAAAUUAUAACUCUAGGUGGAGGCGGAGGAGGUGGAUAUGGUGGAGGAUACGGUGGGGGCUAUGGCGGUGGCUACGGCGGAGGUUAUGGCGGUGGCGGCGGAGGCUAUGGUGGUGGCUACAGUGGAGGCUAUGGCGGCGGUGGAUGGGGUGGUGUCGGCGGCUAUGGAGGCGGUGGAGGCUAUGGUGGCGGUGGAGGCUAUGGGGGCGGCUAUGGCGGAGGAGGAGGUGGUGGUUGGAGUGGUGGCGGUGGCGGCGGCUGGGGAGGAUGGUCGAAAAAAUAA